AGAUAGAAAGAAAGUUAGAGAGAGAGAGAGUAGCUUGACUACCCAACAAACUCCCGAGAGAGAGAGAGAGAGAGAGAGGCUGGACUACCCAACAAACUACCUCUUUCUUUCCCAGCUGCUAUUAUCUGGGAAGAGUUUGUUGUAUCUGUAAAACUAUAUAUUUUUUUUGUUCAUUUCAAUUUUCUCGCAGGGUUACCGAGAAAGAACAGAAUAAGAGGAGAGAGAAAAAAAAGAGAGCAGAAAAUGGUUGCUCCCUUAUCAGCUUGGCCAUGGGAAAACUUGGGUGCCUUCAAGUAUCUACUCUAUGGGCCUUUCCUUGGAAAAGUCUUGUUUUCAAGACUUCAAGACAAUUCAAUGACUGAAACUUGGUGUCUACAUGUUCUCAUUUUAUGUGCACUUAGAGGUUUUAUCUAUCAAUUAUGCACCUCUUUCAGUAACAUGCUCUUCCUUACCCGAAAUCGCCGGAUUCUUCAACAGGGUGUCGAUUUCAAGCAGAUUGACCAAGAAUGGGAUUGGGAUAAUUUCCUGAUUCUUCAAGCUCUGAUUGCUACUUUGGCCUUCUACAUGUUCCCAAUCCCUGCCAAUCUUCCUGUGUGGAGCACAAGAGGCUUCAUUGCCAUUAUUAUACUUCACGUUUUGGUUUCAGAGCCCCUAUACUAUUGGGCUCAUAAAUGUUUUCAUGGAAGCUAUCUUUUUACCCAUUACCAUUCACUCCACCAUUCAUCACCUGUUCCUCAGCCCUUUACUGCUGGAAAUUCCACUUUGUUGGACCAUGUUGUAUUAGCUGCAGUGACUUGGAUUCCAAUACUGGGGACUUGUCUGAUUGGAUGUGGAUCAAUAAGUAUGAUCUACUGUUAUGUGCUGCUCUUUGAUUUACUAAGAUGUUUGGGCCACUGCAACGUUGAAAUUAUUCCUCAUCAGAUUUUUGAGAUCUUUCCCCUAUUGCGAUAUCUUAUCUACACCCCAACAUACCACAGCCUACACCACAGAGAGAUGGGUUCCAAUUAUUGCCUUUUCAUGCCCCUUUACGAUGCAUUGGGAAACACCCUCAAUAGCAAAUCAUGGGAGCUACACAGGAAGAUAAGUCUAAGUUCAGGUGAAAUUGGGAGGGUACCAGAUUUUGUGUUCCUGGCCCAUGUGGUGGACAUUACAUCCUCCAUGCACGUCCCCUUUGUUUUCCGAUCGAUCGCCUCGAUGCCAUUCACUACCAGACUUUUCAUGGUGCCUUUAUGGCCAAUAGCUUUUGUGGUGAUGCUGGUGAUGUGGGCAAAGGCUAAGACCUUCUCGAUCUCAUUCUAUAACCUUAGGGGUCGGUUGCACCAGACUUGGAUUGUUCCUCGGCAUGGUUUUCAGUAUUUCUUGCCAUUUGCUGCUGAGGGCAUAAAUAACCAAAUAGAAGAGGCAAUUCUUCGGGCUGAUAGGUUGGGAGUUAAAGUCAUUAGCCUUGCUGCUUUGAAUAAGAAUGAAGCGCUUAAUGGAGGAGGAACCCUUUUCGUGAAUAAGCAUGAAAACCUUAAAGUUAGGGUUGUCCAUGGCAACACUUUGACCGCUGCCGUAAUCCUAAGUGAGAUCCAUCAAGAUAUUGGAGAGGUCUUUUUAACAGGAGCUACGUCUAAGCUUGGAAGAGCCAUUGCCCUAUACCUUUGUAGACGAAGAGUACGAGUCCUGAUGCUGACUCUAUCUACAGAGAGAUUUCUGAAGAUUCAAAAAGAAGCCCCGACUGAUUAUCAGAAGUACCUAGUCCAAGUGACAAAGUAUCAAGCAGCCAAAAACUGUAAGACAUGGAUAGUUGGUAAGUGGAUCACGCCAAGAGAGCAGAGUUGGGCACCAAGUGGAACACAUUUUCAUCAGUUUGUGGUUCCACCCAUUUUUGCGUUCAGAAGAGACUGCACUUAUGGUGAUCUUGCAGCCAUGAGGUUACCUGAUGAUGUAGAAGGGCUUGGAUGCUGUGAGUAUACAAUGGACAGAGGAGUAGUCCAUGCUUGCCAUGCAGGUGGGGUGCUUCAUUCCUUAGAAGGUUGGACUCACCAUGAAGUAGGGGCUAUCGACGUCGACAGAAUCGACCUAGUAUGGAAAGCUGCAUUGAAACAUGGUCUGAAGCCAGUCUCAAGCACCAGAAAACAAGUUCAAAUGUAAAAAGCUGAAGAGAGGAUGCAAUAUGUUGUGACAAGAUUAUUUUUUCCUCUAUUGCUCUUACAGGAGGAUAAAGAAACUUUAUUUAAUUACGGAUAAUUAAUACCCUGGAAUUGAUAUGCUAUAUGUUUAAUUUGAUAUACUUUUUACAUCAAUGAAUCAGAGAAGCCUUACUUUUU